CCGCCCCUCUACCCUUCUCCACUUAAAUACCAGGCUUUGCUUUGCAUGGUGUGGGGGCUUGAACCUGUGACCUAAGACACAAAUCCACCAUCCUUUGCCACUUGAGCUAGGCCCUGGGGGCAUUUGCAAGACAAGUUAAGAAGGAUCUUUUGACAUUAAACACAUCAUAUGAUGGAUCAUGUACAAGCCAUGAUUUUCCUUUCCAUGAUUCGGGCUUCCCAUUGAGCAGUAAUGCAUUCUUUGACAAAGGAACAGCAAGGAACAAAAGGAGUCAGUAUAAUAAGUCGCUAAUUCUUCCAAAGCACCAAAUACAUAAGAAAGAUCUCUUGGUUCAGGAAAUGCUUUAGCUUUUCGAUCUUGAUAAUCUAAACAAAUCUCUUGGUGUAAUUUAUCUUCAAAUUCUGUUGGCUUGACAAUCUUAUAUUUUUUUCUUGUGGGGAGAAUCCUACCUUGUAAGACAGUUAGGUAUUCCUUUAGUAAUCUUGAUGUUAGGUACUUUUCUGAAUAUGGUAUGUGUUCUAUUCUCAGUGAGAUUCCUCAUAGGUUGCAAUGUAAAUAAUAGAUUGCUUUCAAAGCCAAAAUAAUUGUUGCAAGAUUACAAUUGUCUCCUCGAUACAUAUACAUCAUGUUUCGUCCUUUUGCGGUCUCCUUCAUGAUACUAUUUUACAGUUUUGUAGUUCAUCUUCUUUGGUAUAAGCAACAGAGAUGAAAACUUGGCAGCAUCUUUUGUAGGUGGCAAGAAAAUGACCUCGCCACAACUUUUUAUAUUGAAAUAUAAUUUUUGAAACAUAAAAUUCCAUUCAUGCCAUAAGGAUGGUUGUUCGGUCUUGAAACCUUUCUAGUUAUUCCAUAUGACAAUAACUGGAGUAAUAUGUAGAGAUAAAAAUGAAAGAUUCCUAACUUAUUUUCCCAUUAUUUUCUCCUACUUUCAGGUACAUCUAGCUUUUAAUUGAGUACAUAUCUUCUGGAUCAUCAAAUAAACGUGGGUAAUUGACUAUUGAAUCGACACCUAAUGGGGGCUGGGGAAGAAAGCACCCCUGCAAAGCCUUCAAAAGCUACUUCAGCUCAGGAGACACAAGCUACACCUUCAUAUCCUGAUUGGUCAAGUUCUAUGCAGGCUUAUUAUGGUGCUGGAGCUGCACCUCCCUUCUUUUCCCCAACUGUUGCUAGUCCUACUCCCCAUCCAUACAUGUGGGGAGGCCAGCAUCCACUUAUGCCUCCUUAUGGUGCUCCAGUCCCAUAUCCAGCUUUAUAUCCUCCUGCUGGAGUUUAUGCUCAUCCUAAUAUUCCCAUGACUCCAAACCCACUGCAGGCAAAUCCAGAAUCAGAUAGUAAGGCAACUGAUCCUAAGGACCAGAGUACAAGCAAAAAAUUAAAGGGAUAUACAGGUGGCAAGGCAGGAGAAAGUGGGAAAGCGACUUCAGGUUCUGGAAAUGACGGUGCCACAAGGAGUGCUGAAAGCGGAAGUGAAGGUUCAUCAGAUGCAAAUGAUGAAAAUGAUAACCAUGAAUUUUCUGCAAACAAGAGUAGAAACUUUGAUCUAAUGCUUGCAAAUGGAGCCAGUUCUCAGAACAAUCCUGCAACAGGGAAUCCAGUUGCUAUGCCUGCAACUAAUCUGAAUAUCGGGAUGGAUUUGUGGAAUGCAUCGUCUGCCGGUCCUGGAAUGAUUAAAAUGCGAUCAAAUCAAUCUGGUAUCACACCAGCUCCUGGGAUAGGACGUGAAUGGAUUCAGGAUGAACGUGAACUUAAAAGGCAAAAGAGAAAGCAAUCUAAUCGAGAAUCAGCUAGGAGGUCAAGAUUACGCAAACAGGCUGAGUGUGAAGAGCUACAACAGAGGGUAGAGACAUUGAGCAAUGAGAAUCAUGCACUCAAAGAGGAGAUGCGAAAGCUCUCGGAGGAAUGUGAGAAGCUUACCUCGGAGAAUAAUUCGAUAAAGGAAGAGUUGACGAGGUUGUGUGGGCCAGAGGGGGUGUCCAAGCUAGAGAGUAAUGCCAAUGCCACGCAUCUUCAGUCCAAUGUUGAGGAAGCUAACAGUUAAGGACAAGCCAUGACAGAGUAGGUGAUUUUGGUUAAAAUGCUCACAAAUCUCUUACGGCGCUCAAGAAAUUUAUAGCUUGUAUGUACAUUAGAAUGAGAAAUUUCUGUUUUUCUACUAAUUUAUGCCCCUUUAACUGUUUUGAGUAUAAUUUGUAAUAUCAAUUCAUGAAUUUGUAACCCGGGUUGAAUUUGAAUAUAUGACAACAUUGUAGAAGUAACUGAAUAACCGAAACAUAAUUUUUCAGGUACUC